UAUAAACAUUUUCCCCCACUUUCUCUUCUCCCAAGCAGCCCUUUCAACUUCUUCCGCCACAACCCCUCGGUUUUCCCCGGUGGUCUCUCCGAUGGCUUCGACCGCCAAAACCUACCUCCAAACCACUUUCCUCUCCCCUCAACGCGUCCCACGCCACCGGCUUUCAGCCUCCUCGCCUUGUCUUAGGUUCCGCCGCCGCGAGAUCCAAUGCUCGGUGGCGGCGAGAGAGUACAGAGUGAAGGGGUUGAAGGCGAGGCAGAUCAUCGAUAGCAGGGGGAAUCCGACGGUGGAGGUUGAUCUGAUCACCGACGAUCUCUACCGCUCGGCCGUCCCGAGCGGUGCCUCCACCGGGAUCUACGAGGCCCUUGAGCUCAGAGAUGGAGACAAGAGCGUCUAUGGAGGCAAAGGUGUGUUAACCGCUGUGAAGAACAUCAACGAGGUUCUCGGUCCUAAACUCGUCGGAGUUGACGUUAGGAACCAAGCCCAUGUCGAUGCUCUGAUGCUGGAGCUGGAUGGAACUCCGAACAAGUCAAAACUCGGGGCAAAUGCAACAUUAGGAGUAUCACUCAGCGUUUGCAGGGCGGGUGCUGGAGCGAAAGGGCUGCCUCUGUACAAGCACAUCCAAGAACUUUCUGGAACGGACGAGCUUGUUAUGCCGGUUCCAGCAUUCAACGUCAUCAACGGUGGCAGUCAUGCCGGUAAUAAUUUGGCUAUGCAAGAGUUCAUGAUACUUCCGGUAGGUGCAACCUCGUUCUCUGAAGCUCUUCAGAUGGGAAGUGAAGUUUAUCAUACGCUGAAGGGAAUAAUCAAAGCUAAGUACGGUCAAGAUGCAUGUAAUGUUGGAGACGAAGGAGGGUUUGCUCCUAAUGUUCAAGACAACAGAGAGGGACUCGUUUUGCUCAUGGACGCGAUUGAAAAAGCCGGUUACACAGGAAAGAUCAAAAUAGGAAUGGAUGUUGCAGCAUCGGAGUUUUUCAUGAAAGAUGGUAGAUACGAUCUAAACUUCAAGAACCAGCCGAAUGAUGGAGCUCAUGUUCUGUCGGCCCAGAGUCUCGCUGAACUCUACAAGGAGUUUGUCAAGGAUUUCCCGAUUGUUUCUAUUGAAGAUCCUUUCGACCAGGACGACUGGAGCGCAUGGGCUUCGCUGUUAUCCUCGGUGGAUAUCCAACUCGUCGGGGAUGACUUGUUGGUCACUAACCCGAAAAGAAUAGCCGAAGCUAUUCAGAAAAAGUCCUGCAAUGCUCUACUGUUAAAGGUUAACCAGAUAGGGACAGUGACAGAGUCAAUCCAAGCGGCGUUAGACUCGAAAGCUGCCGGUUGGGGUGUGAUGGUCAGUCACCGGAGUGGUGAGACAGAGGAUAACUUCAUCGCAGAUCUCUCUGUCGGUUUAGCCAGCGGGCAGAUCAAGACUGGCGCUCCAUGUCGAAGCGAACGAUUAUCCAAGUAUAACCAGCUUCUGCGCAUCGAGGAGGAACUCGGGAAUGUGCGCUACGCAGGUGAAUCGUUCAGAUCUCCGUGAGAGACGAAGACAUAGCGGCUACUUUAGUUCUCAGUGUUCGUGCUUGUCUCUCUUCUCACGGAGUCGGACCAAACUCAACACUUGUGGUCGUGCGGGUCUUGUUGCUUGUGUUUUUCUUACACACUUUUUCACCGUUUUGGGAUUCGGUUUAAGAAAAGUUAUACCAUAAAGCCGAAAUUACUCCGUUGGUUCAAUUUUCAUUCCGUUGCCGUUCGGUUUUA